AAGAGUACAUGGAAUCGUUGGAGAGUUUUGUGAAGUCUUCUACUUUGUCUGAUCUUCAAAAAGCUCUUCCCGAAAUUCUCAGAUCAAUUUUGCAAGGAUUAGCUUAUCUUCAUAGUGGCCCGCAACCUAUUCUUCAUUGCAAUCUAAAGCCUUCCAAUGUUCUCCGAGACUCACAAGGCAAAUUUCUCAUAGCUGAUUUUGGCAUAAAAGCCAAUUCUAAUGUGGGAACUGAGUUUUGGAUUGCUCCUGAAUCAUAUUGUAAAGAAGAAGAUUCGUUUGAUAAAGCUUGUUACAAAACAAAGUCGGAUGUAAUGAAUGCGGGAAUGGUGGCUUAUUAUGUUGCAACAAAAGGGAAACAUCCUUUUGGAACUAAACCCCACAGACUGAUCAACAUGUUGAAUGGGAAACCUGUUGGCUUGGACGAAAUCAAGGAUGAAACAUUAAAAGACCUUCUGUCGUGGAUGUUAAAACUACAACCAGAAGAAAGACCAUCUGCCAACGAAGCCUUGAAACAUCCAUUUCUUAUGUUGGAUGACGAGAAAUUUCACUUUUUAUGUAAAGUUGGUGACUUACAGUCGAUUAAAACAAAUGAUCCCCAAUCAAGUAUCGUCCAACAAUUGAAUAUUGAAUCUUCAAAUUGGAAAAAUCAAAUGGAUAGCGAUGUUUAUGAAUAUUUGGUAAAUGGAAGAAAGUAUGGAUCUUCAUGGACAGAAUGCUUAAGGCUCAUUCGUAAUAUUGGCCAACAUUUGCACGAUCGACCACAGCAAAGACCACAACCAAAACCUAUUUGUAAGAUUGGAGAUCACAAGGCAUAUUUUCUUAAAGCAUACCCCAGUCUCCCUGUUCGGAUUCAUGCAGCUGUCAGGUCAAAUGAUGAAUUGAAUCCAGAACUUAAGGGUAAGCAUACUAGCUUGAAUUUUCUCAUUUUUUAUUACACUUCAAUUCUGUGAUCGUUGUACAAUAGCAAUUUGAUUACAUAAUAUUUUCACAUGAUAUUGACAUCAUUUCUUUGCUCAUCAGUCUUUAUUUACUUAAAUUCGAAUAGAAAAAAUAUUCCUUACUACCAUAAAUGUAUAUUGUAAAAUUUUUUAAUAAAAAGUGAAAAUAAGAUGUCUAAAGCGUAGUCUUUCUCUCAAUAGAGAAUGAGUGUUGAGAUUUAAUUGUAAAUUUCAAACGGAACAAUCUAUUUUUCUUAAUAAAAAUUUCUUGCCAUAGAAAA